AUGGCAGAACGUGAGUUCGCCCAUGUUCAGCCGGACAACGCCGAAAUUGAGCGCUCCGUGCUUUCACAAGAGGUGGAGACACUACGGAAUCGACUAGGUCUACGCCAAGUGGAUGUGUCAAAAGAAUGUGGUGUGAAUGCCAGUAUGUUGUCUCAGUGGAUGUUGGGAAGAUACAAAGGCAACGUUGGUCGGAUUAACGGGCUGAUGGAGUCGUGGCUGAUUCGUCGACGUGGAGGAAAACCUAUGGAUAAGGGGAUGAUGUUAGUAUUCAACUCAGCGGCGAACUCGCCGAAGCUCAAACGGCGACUGGAAGAGAUGAACGAUCCUUUGCAAGCUGCACGAAGGAAAGAUGGCAUGAUCCUUGCUCAACGGAAACUGUACGACUACCCUAAGUUUCCGGCUCGCGACAGUUUGUUGAUCCCUAUCCGACUUGACGUUGAUAUUGAGGGCUAUCGAUACAUUGACUCUUUUUCAUGGAAUCUCUAUGAAAAGGAUUUUACAUACGAGACAUUUGCCGCAGCAUUAGUGAGAGAUUUGGACCUUCCUGACUGCUUUUACAAACGCAUAGUCAAGAUUAUGCAGGAGCAGAUCGAGAAAGCGCAAAAGCUGUUUCCGUGGCACGAAGCCGUCUCUAGCGAAAGUUUGCACCCGAUCUUUAUCAAUUUACGGCUAAACGAUACCAUUUACAUCGAUCAGUUUGAGUGGGAUCUCCACGACCCGAACAACUCACCCGAGCACUUUGCACGGGUCGUAUGUGAAGAAUUGGGUUUAAGUGGCGAGUUUGAGGCACAAGUGGCUUUGACCAUCCGCGAACAGCUUCGUGACUACUCUAGACUCAUUCAAGAAGGCUUGAAAGAUCGUGUUACUAGACUACCACCUGUCACAGCAGCAUUUCGCGAUCGUCUUGACACAAAAGUGUGGGGUCCCUCUGUAAAGUUUAUUCUGGCGGACGACAUUCCGCAACUCGAGCGAGAGGACUUCAAGCGGAUGAGGCCAUUGUCGCGCCCUACAGUGCAUAUGAUUCCACCGCCACCUCCAACAGCAAGGCCUAACCGUCCACCCAAGCCAGUGAAUACCUUUCUCAUGUUUUGCAGACAAAACCGGAAGAAGAUAAUGGCUGACCACCCCAGCACUAGCGCGAAGGAUGCGUCUAAGAUCCUUGGAGAUAUGUGGCAAAAGCUAUCUGAAAAGGAACGAGCAAGCUACAUUCCAAUGACUGAGACGGAAAACCAGCGGCGGAUGAAUGAAUGGCGCAUGAAAGAGAAUGCGCUGAAUGGUAUCCACACAACACUUAUUUCCGGUAUCGCUGGAGCAAAUUCGACCGGAUCUGCAACGUCUAUCUCUGCAAUUCCAGGAACACCAGUGCUGCUCGCUCCUCGAAUCACUCCAAGUGUAGCCUCGUCAAUCGACGAAGUGGAUGACAUUGACGCCGAAGACGAGGAGGAAGAGGAGGAAGACGAUGACGACCCUGCUAGUGCGACUGGUGUUGCUGUCUAA